AUGGGUUCACGGCAGCAUCUCCGUGAUAUCAAAUCCGGUCCCCCACUUCACUACCAGGAUGAUAUCAGAGCUUACACGAGAGACUAUGCCGAAGCAUUGGAUGCAGCAGAUCCUCUCCAUCAAUUCCGAGAUGAAUUUAUCAUCCCCUCCAAACAAGACCUGAAGCGGAAGACGUUGGCAGAAGAUCAGGGUUAUGACGAAGCUUCCGAUCCUAGAUGCAUUUAUCUCUGUGGCAACUCCCUCGGUGUUCAGCCUCGCAGCACUCGACGAUACAUUGAGCAAUAUCUGCGAACCUGGGCAACCAAGGGUGUAACAGGUCACUUUGUGCCGCACGACGAUGAAUUGCUACCUCCAUUUGUCGAUGUCGAUACUGCUGCGUCCAAGCUGAUGGCACCUAUCGUAGGCGCUUCUCAAAAGGAAGUGGCAGUGAUGGGAACUCUCACUGCCAAUCUCCACUUCCUCAUGGCCAGUUUCUAUCAACCGACAAGUGAGAAGUACAAGAUUAUCCUUGAAGGCAAAGCAUUUCCCAGUGACCAUUACGCAAUUGAGUCUCAAGUCCGACACCACAACUUCGACCCAAAGCAGGCCAUGGUGUUGAUUGAGCCUGAGAAUCUCGAUCGCCCAAUUCUCACCACGGACCAGAUCAUCAGAGUGAUCGAUGAGAAUGCCUCCAGCACUGCCCUGAUUCUCUUGUCUGCCAUUCAAUUCUAUACAGGCCAGUACUUUGACAUCCAAAAAAUCACAGCUCAUGCGCACUCCAAGGGCAUCUUGAUCGGCUGGGACUGUGCCCAUGCCGCUGGCAAUGUUGAUCUACGUCUACAUGACUGGGACGUCGAUUUUGCAGCAUGGUGCAGUUACAAGUAUCUCAACAGUGGACCUGGUGGUAUGGCCGCACUGUUCGUACACGAACGUCAUGGCAAGGUCGACAACGAGGAGACUUUCCGACCUCGGCUUUCAGGCUGGUGGGGUAGUGACCUCCAGACACGGUUCCAAAUGAAUAAUACAUUCGUCCCGCAAUCCGGCGCUGCUGGCUUCCAGCUAUCCAACCCGUCCGUCCUGGAUAUCAACGCGGUCGUUGCCUCCCUCGAAAUCUUCAACCGUGCAACGAUGAAGUCAAUUCGGGAAAAGUCGCUCCACAUUACCGGAUAUCUCGAGCAUCUAUUGCUAAAGUAUCCGCUGGAUGCUCCCGCAGAGGAUAAGCCUUUCACUUUAAUCACACCGUCGAAUCCAGCAGAACGAGGCGCUCAGCUCAGCUUACGACUCCAGCCUGGACUGCUGGACCAUGUCUUACAUUACUUGGAGGAACACGGCGUGGUUAUCGAUGAGAGGAAACCUGAUGUCAUUCGGGUUGCUCCGGCACCAUUGUACAAUACAUACACAGAUGUGUGGGAGUUUUGUCAGAUUUUCUUGCAGGCUUGUCGGGAGGCUGUCAAAGCCCGGGGUUAA